UUCCUCCCUGCUUUGCCUCUUCGAGUCCUCUCUCCUCUCUCACUCUCCCAGAGAGAGACACAGCGAAAGCCAUGGCCGCGGCUCUCACAAAUUCGUUCUCUCUCCUCCGGUGUUCUUGUGUUAUUGGAUCUCUCGCGGCAACCAAGAGACCCUUACCCCCACUCUCUUUCUCUCUCUUCCGAGCUCCCCCUGUCUCAAUUCAAUCGAAGAGAUGUACACGCCUUAUUAGUGCCUCUAUAGAUGAAGAGGCUUCUGCCAGAGCAGCUGCAGCCAGUGUAGAUAGCGGAGGACCCACUAUAUUUGACAAGAUUAUAGCAAAGGAAAUUCCUUCAACAAUCGUCUAUGAGGAUGAGAAAGUGUUGGCUUUCCGGGAUAUUAAUCCACAGGCUCCUGUUCAUGUUGUACUUAUCCCCAAGUUAAGGGAUGGAUUAACUCAACUAGGAAAGGCUGAACCAAGGCACAGCGUGAUACUCGGUCACCUUCUCUACACUGCAAAAGUAGUUGCAGAAAAGGAAGGCAUAUUGGAUGGAUUUCGUGUAGUUAUCAACAAUGGACCUGGUGGAUGUCAAUCAGUCUAUCACCUUCACUUGCAUAUACUUGGCGGCAGGCAGAUGAAAUGGCCUCCUGGCUAAAUGUCCUUUUGUUUUUUUUGUUAACCAAGUUGGUUUAUGUGUUGUUUUCAUUCCUCUCUUAUCUAGUGUGUGAACCUUCUAAUUUCACUUAUUUGCAAUAAGCCACUUUUAAGCAUGGCA